UCUAGAAUCUCGUCCCCUAUCAUGUCCUCCUGAUUCUAGAAUCCUACUGCUAUCCUGAGACUGUGCUCUAGACCUAGAGGAGUUGGCUGCUUUUCCUGGGAGGGGUCCGCUCGCUCCAACUCUGCCGUCUGCCCGGAGUCUGUGCGACUGCCAGGAUGCGGUGGCGGGACCGCCUAGCCGUGCUCUUCUUCCCACAAGGCAGGAUUCUCACCGUAGCCGCGAUGAUGCUCUUCUUCAUACACCUGAUCAUCUUCGCCAGUGACGUACACAACUUCUGCGUCACCUACCACUACGACCGCAUGAGCUUCCACUACACAGUGGUCCUGAUGUUCUCCCAGGUGAUCGGCAUCUGCUGGGCUGCCAUGGGGUCCCUCUAUGCUGAGAUGACAGGAGACAAAUUUCUUCGAUGCUUUUCCCUGACCAUCCUGAUGCUCAACGGAGCCAUGUUCUUCAACCGCCUGUCCCUGGAGUUUCUGGCCAUCCAGUACCGAGAAGAGAACCACUGAGGCCUG